AUGGCCUCCAAUGACGAUGUGGACGACCUCUUCGAUUAUGACGCCGGGCUAGACGAUAUUCUUCGAGAAGUAGAGCAGAAGACAAGAAAGACCGCCGACUCAGCUAGCAACAACCCAACCAAACCGGACGGCGAUAUCCUUGGUAUCGAUGAUGAGAUCAAGGUUACUAAGAAGCGGGCACCGAUAGUGAAACUUGACGAAACGAGGCUAUUAUCCCAAGCUGGUAUCCCCAAACUCCGGAAAACAGCAAAGACGAAACUUAAACUGAAGGGGAAAGGCCAUGAAUUCUCUGAUGCUGCUCGGUUACUCAAUUUUUACCAGCUAUGGCUAGACGACUUAUACCCCCGCGCAAAGUUUUCUGAUGGCUUGUCUAUAAUUGAGAAAUUGGGCCAUACUAAACGAUUACAAGUGAUGCGGAAAGAGUGGAUUGACGAGGGGAAAUCAAGAACAAGAGGAAUCGAUAAUGAGGCGGAUGAUAAUACAAUGAAACACAACCUUCCUUCACGGGAAAAGGGAGAGCGACAGCAAGGGCAGCUGGAGCCAGGUGGGAAAGAAGGUAGCCUCUUCACCUCGUCCACACAACCCAAACCGGAUGUUGUUAAGUCUAUUUUUGGUGGAGAUGGUGAUGGGCGAAGGGACUUUAACAGCACAGCGGGGGAUGACGAACUCUUCGUUUCAGGGGAUGAGAUUAUGACUGACCUACUACCCCGCGAGGGUGUCAACAACGAGAAGGAUUCUGGCGGGGACAAUGCACCUGGUGAGGAUGAUGAUCUAGACAUGCUUCUUGCCGGAGGGGAUAGUAAUGCCGGCCCAAACAUCAUACCCAGAUCGAGUACUGUUGGAGCCACAUCCAAGUCAGUCGAGGACGACUAUGAGAACGACUGGGAGGCAAUGCAAGACGACAUGUAA